UCUCUCUCUCUCCUUCUCCCUGUCCCCACCCUGUCGCCCGGUGUUUGCCUGUGUAGGGACGAGGGCAGGACCUUGCCCACGCGCGCAUGAGCGAGCCUCCCGAGCCCGGCAGGUCCCUGUCCGCGGCGAGCUUGCUCUUUGGCGCGGCUCUCGGGUCGGGCCGGAUGCUGGCCGGUGCCGAGGCCGGUGGCCGCUGUUGUGCCGCGUGCCGGGUCCCGGCUGGCCGGACGGCCGAGGGGCUCCUCCUGGCCGCGGGCCCGGUGCUGGACACGACGGCCACCGUGCUGGUGGCGGCCUGGCCCGGGCCGGGGGCCCCCCUGUCGGUGGCACGGUCCAUCCUCCGCGACCAGGUGCACGGGGCGUUCCCCUGGGCCGGGCCGCUGAUGGCGGUGGCGGCGCUGGGGCGUGGCCCCCGGCCGGCCGUUGAUUUGGCGCGGCCGGGCUUCUGGGCGCUGGUGCUGCGCCUGGGCCUGGUCAUGGCGCUGCUCGGGCUGGGCGGUGGCCAGCCGCAGGAGGCCUUGCACCGGGUGCUGCAAGAGCGCGGGUCGGCGGUCUUCGGCGACGGCCCGGCGGCCGGAGCCGCGCGCUGCCGGUCGGUGGUGGACUGCUUCGUGCGGCAGUGCGCGGUCGCAUGCUGCACCUGCCGGGGCCCGGUGCUCCAGGCGCGGGGGGACUCCCCGGGCCCUGGGCACGCGGCGGUGCGCCUGCUCCGGGGGGGACUGGAGGAGGGGCGCUGGUCGGCCGCCGUGCCGGCCGCCGUGACCCUGGCCGCGCUGGAUGGCUGGCCGCCGGGGGCCCUCUUCUGGGCGGCGGUGGAUGUGCUUCGGCUGCAUGGGCUCCCGGGCCCGGAUCCGGGCGCCGGGUGUCCAUUCUGUCGUGCGGCCCUGGCGGCGGCGACCAGCCCCCGGGCCCGGGGAGCGGCCCUGCUGGCGGCGGCCCUGUCACAGUCGGACCCGGGGGCCGGGCCGUGUGUCGGCCUCGGGUGGCUCGCUGGGUCGGCCCGGCCGGCGGCCUUUGGCCCGGGCCUGCUCGGGCUCGGCCUCGAUGUCCUGGCGCACCAUGCCGCUCGGCCGGGCCUGGCACAUGGUCCUGGCGGCCGGUGGCUGGCUGCGCGCCUCUCCCGUGCGAUGGAUGCCGUGUACGCUGGCGGGGCCCCGGCCACCGGGCUUCGGCGCAAGGUCCUCCAGUGCGCGGCCGAGCUGGCCGCCGCCGAGGGCCUGGCGCCGGCCGAUCCCCUCGCAAGGGGCAUUGCCGCCCGGCUGGACGCCCUGCAGUCGGCCUGCCACGGCGCCGGAUCGGCCACCCCUAGCCAGCCGGUCGACCGCGCGGCAGGCGCCUCGCCCAGGCCCAGCCACAAUCACAGCGGCGGCGGCGGCGGCGGCGGCUGCUGCUGCUGCUGCUGCUGCCGCGGGGUCUGUCGAUGCUGGGCCGGGGUACCGCCGCCGGGCUGCCCCGGCACACCGCCACUCCGGGCCCUUCUCACGCGGCUCCUCACCUUCGAGGAAUCGCUCGGGCUGUGA